ACAUUUGUGACCUUGCCAGGAUCAGACGGUCUGGAAAACGACACCAUGAGGAACUACGUGCAGGAAGGUGAGAUGCUUGGCCUUGAAGGCAUGGCCUUCUUACACUACAUUCAGGAGCAGGAGAGGAUCAGACGCGAGCAGCUGGCUCUCUACUAUCAGAAACGGGAGGAGCAGAGGCAGCUGUGGGAAGAGCAGCGUCGCAGGAACCGCGAGGAGGAAAGACGCCGGAAAGCAGAGCAAGCGCUGUGGAGGAACGUGAAACUCCCGGGAGUAGAACGCUGGCCAGAGGAGCGACUGACCACGGAGUCGCACAAGGACACGAUCCGUCUGCCCAAGGAACCGUCGCAGCGAGUAACCUGCCGGCAAGACGGACGAAAACGAGGGAGACUCCCGGGGAACGGCCGUCGGAAGUGGCAGGCACGGUCGAGGAAGCCUCGGCCGACGGCGAAAUACACGCCAGAGUAAGCGACUGCAGCGGCACUGAAGUUAGAGGAGCUGACCGCCCUUGCAUGUCCGCUUGUG